GGGCGCUCAGUUCAAAACAAAAAGUUCCAACAGACGGAUAACCGCUAACGAGAAAAAUAAACUAUAAUUUCACAAAAUAUUUUGCAAAUAGAAUCAUUUAAAGAAUUACUUAAAAGUAACCAGAUAUUUCAUCAUAAAAUAAAAGACAAGAUGCGUUCCCUACCAAUGUUCCUGCGUAUGGCGGAGGAGAUGACCCGCAUGCCACGCAUCUCUUCGCCAUUCCACGCCUUCUUCCACGAGCCACCGGUCUGGAGUGUGGCUCUUCCCAGGAACUGGCAGCAGAUCGCCCGCUGGCAGGAGCAGGAGUUCGCUCCGCCGGCCACCGUCAGCAAGGAGGGCUACAAGCUAACCCUGGACGUCAAGGACUACAACGAGCUGAACGUUAAGGUCCUGGACGAGAGUGUUGUCCUGGUGGAGGGCAAGUCCGAACAAAAGGAUGGCGAUAAUGGAGGCUUCAGCUCCCGUCACUUUCUACGCCGUUUCGUCCUGCCGGAGGGAUACGAGGCUGAUAAAGUAACCUCCAGCCUGAGCAGCGACGGUGUCCUAACCAUCAAUGUGCCCAACCCACCGGCUGUCCAGGAGGCUCUCAAAGAACGUGUGGUUCCCAUCGAGAAGACCGGCGAGCCGGCCAAGAAAUUGGAGGUCGAGUCCAACUCGGAGACCACCAAGCAGUGAGGAGGAUGCAGCCGUACUGGAUGAACUUAAAUAUAUGC